AUGGGCAGGGAAAACCAGACAUGGAUGAGUGAGUUCAUUCUGCUGGGGCUGUCCAGCUGCUGGGACACUCAGGUGUCCUUAUUUGUCCUUUUCCUGAUCAUGUAUCUGGUGACCGUGCUGGGGAACUUUCUCAUCAUCCUCCUCAUCAGACUGGACAGUAGGCUGCACACACCCAUGUACUUUUUCCUCAGUGUCUUGUCAUUGGUGGACAUCUGUUACACCAACAGCACUGUCCCACAGAUGCUUGUUCACUUCCUGUCAGCCUGGAAGUCCAUUCCAUUCCACAGCUGUGUGCUCCAGCUAUUUAUCUCCCUGGCGAUGGGCAGCUCAGAGUUCUUCCUGCUGGGAGCCAUGGCCUAUGACCGCUACGUGGCAGUGUGUCAUCCGUUGCACUACACAGUCAUCAUGCAUGGAGAGCUGUGCCUGGGCUUGGCUGCCGGCUGCUUGGGGGCUGGUUUCAUUAAUUCAAUGAUGCAGGCCAUCAUCAUCUUUCGGCUACCUUUGUGCCAUAAUGUUAUCAAUCACUUUGCCUGUGAGAUGUUGGCUGUACUGAGGCUGACCUGUGUGGACAUCUCAUUCAACAAGGUCAUGGUGGCCAUCUCAGGGUCUCUGGUGAUCAUGCUUCCCUGUUUCCUGGUCCUGUUCUCCUACGUUCGUAUAGUUGCUGCCAUUCUGCAUAUUCACUCUGCCCAAGGACGCUGCAGAGCAUUUGAGACCUGUGCUUCCCACCUCACUGUGGUUUCCAUGUGCUUUGGAACAGCCAUCUUCACAUACUUGCGACCCUCUGCUGGCUCCUCGGCAGAGCAAGAGAAGAUGGUCGCCCUGUUCUAUGCUGUGGUGACCCCAAUGCUAAAUCCCUUAAUCUACAGCUUGAGGAACAAGGAGGUAAUGAGUGCCCUAAGGAGACUGUUGGGAAAAUGUAGUGAAAAAAGGAAAUGCAGUGUGGACAGUGAAAAGUUUCAGAGUGAGGACAGCCAUGCUUCACAUGUCGACCCACACCUCAACGGCAAAGGGGCUUUGACAAAUGCGUUUAAUAUCUUUGACCUCUAG